UUUCCAAACACUGAUAGAUAUUACCUCACAAUUAACAAGAUUUCUCCGGUGAAGAGUUGACUGAAGCACUUGUUUCUAUAGCCUUUACUAUAACUUGGUCAUUAUAUAUAUACUUACUUGUUCAGGCUGUGACUAUAUGAUUUGCUUACUUCAUAUAAUUGUUUGAGCAUUUGGAUAUAAUACUUUUGGUUUCUUGGAACGCUUACUGGUGCCACCCAGAGUGAUUUGGUGAUCUUUCUAUCCCAAAACUUUAUAAUGUAAAAACCUGCCAUGAAUAUGUAAUGUAAAACCGCCUCAAUAUAACAGUCAGUUAUCAGUUCUUGGACCCACCAUCAAAGUAUGAUCAUGGAUACUUUUGGAUUUUAUACUACCCUUCUUGUGAUUAUUGUGUUGUAUAUAAUUUUUCGAAAAUUGGAGCGAAUUUCACAUGAAAAUAUACAAAAGAAUCCCAGUUCCAUUGGUAACUGUGAACCAGAAGGUCCUAAUCAUAAUAACUUUUUAGCACUAAUGAAUCAAAGUAGUAUCAAAGUGUCUAUUUUUUAUGGAUCUCAGACAGGGAUUGCUAAAAAAUUCGCAAUUAAUCUUGGUCAUCAUCUUCACUCCUGUGGAAUACGUAACUUGGUGGUAGACUUGCGACAAGUAAACAUGGACUUAUUAGCAAAUUUAUCUAUGUUGGACGCUUGUGUAGCCUUAUUCGUUGUUGCAACUUAUGGUGAAGGUGAGCCAACUGAUAAUGCUCAAAAUUUUAUGGAUGAUCUGAAGAAUUCUUACCAGAAGUUGAAUGAUCUACGCUUUGCGGUUUUCGGGUUGGGCAACAGUAUGUAUACGUAUUUCAAUGCUACUGGGAAGUCAAUGGACCGUUUGCUUAGUAAACAUGGAGGUAAACGUUUACAAGCAUUGACGUUAGGAGAUGAAGUCAAUGAAUUAGAAUCUACUUUUAUGAAUUGGAGAAAUCACUUAACUUCGUUAUUGAUCGACUUUUUUAAUCUAAAAGGCAAUGAUAAAAAUGAUUUAAACAUGCAAUAUAAACGAAUAUACUGUUUAAAACGCAUGAAGUGGGACAUUCCACUUAUUUCUCACUUUGCUAAUAUGUUUAUAAAUAAAUCCUACGUUAAGAAGACAUUACUAUAUGAAGCCGAAAAUUAUUUCUAUGCUUCUGUUAUUAUCAAUAAAGAAUUAUAUCAUAAAAGUUCACGUUCUUGUCGCCAUAUUGAAUUGGAUUUGUCUGAUUCUCAACUCGUAUAUAAAACUGGUGAUCAUGUUGCAAUAUUUGCACCGAAUCCUUCAGAGCUUGUCGAAAAGAUUGGUGAUCUUUUAAAAAUUGAUUUGGAUGAACUAAUUAGUUUAGAUGCUGUUGAUUCUUAUAAUUUAAUAAAGCAUCCUUUCCCUUGCCCAUGUACAUAUCGUCAUGCAUUUAUGCAUUUUGUUGAUAUUACUGGACCGCCUGGAAAGAGUUUAUUAUCAGCAUGUUUAAAUUCCAUUUCUAAUCCUGAAGAAUCACAAUUUGUUCAGCUUCUUAUUUCUGAUAGUGACGAUGGAAAAAAAUUAUAUUCAAAAUGGAUUUUAGAAGAACAUCGUGGUCUAGUCGAUGUAUUGCAAGACUUAAAGUCAUUUCGACCACCAGCUGAUCUUUUGUUGGAGUUGUUGAAUCCUUUGAAACCAAGAUUGUACAGUAUAUCAUCGUCUUCAUUAGUUCAUACAAAUCGAAUACACAUAACUUCUGCUGUAGUAAAAUACAAUACAUAUUCAGGACGAAUAUUCAAAGGACUAGCUAGUAAUUGGUUGAAAUCAUUACAGUUAACAAGCACUCAGCAUCACUUGAAAAUACCGAUUACAAUUCACACCAGUAAUUUUUACUUGCCUCGAAGUCGUACAAUCCCAAUCAUUAUGAUAGCUGCUGGGACGGGACUGGCUCCAUUCCGUGCAUUUAUACAAGAACGCUUAAAGAUGGCUCACGAUAAAGUUGGUAAGAAUGGAAAGAUGGUGUUAUUUUUCGGAUGUCGACAUGAAAAUGAAGAUUUUAUUUAUUCAGACGAAUUAAAACAAGCUUGCUCUACUGGCCUACUUGAAAUGUUUACUGCUUUCUCACGUGAUUCCGUCGAUGGUAAAAAAGUUUACGUUCAGCAUAAAGUGCUUGAAAUGGGUAACAUGGUGUGGGAGCUCUUGGAUGAAUGUUACGCAUACAUUUAUGUAUGUGGGAACGCCACCGGCAUGGCUCCAGAUGUCCACUCGUGUUUAGUUGAAUUAAUAGUACAACGUUCUAAAUUAACAAGAACAGCUGCAACCAGUUAUUUGCUGGACCUGCGAAAGCAAGGACGAUAUCGUACCGAUGUAUGGAAGUAAUUUUGAAUAUGCUUCUGACUAAUAUGUACAGUGUAACAUAGUUUUGUAUGGACCUUUGUUGAUAGCACUUAAUUAAUAAAGUCUUGCUAAUAUGUCAA